AUGUCAGCGAAGUCUGAGACACCACCACGUAUACCGCAGCUGUUUCCCAAUGAGGAGAGCAAGACAGACGAGGCUUUGUCGACGUUCACGCCGCUCGAAUCGUGCAUUUACACUUCGAAAUACUUGGGGAAUUCCAAUAAUGAAUUCAUGGAAUGUGACUGUUUCGAGACGUUCGAAACCGACGAAAAGACCGGGGAACGGUUUAAUGCAUCGUGUGGUGAGGACUCCGACUGUAUCAAUAGAUUGACUCUAAUAGAGUGUGUGGACGGGCUGUGCGAGUCUACCUGUGGUAAGAACUGUCAGAACCAGAGGUUUCAGCGGAAACAAUAUGCUGAUGUAAUGGUUUUCCAGACGAAGAUGAAGGGGUACGGUGUUCUCGCGAAGGAGGAUAUUGAUCAGCACCAGUUUAUAUACGAAUAUAUGGGGGAGGUGAUUGACGAGGAAGAGUUUAGGGACAGGAUGGCCACUUACGAUGAGAAGAAGUUUAAGCAUUUUUAUUUCAUGAUGUUACAAAAUGGGCAGUUCAUUGAUGCUACGAUGAAGGGGUGUCUUGCAAGAUUCUGCAAUCAUUCUUGCAGCCCCAAUGCAUACGUUAAUAAAUGGGUGGUCAACGGGAAAUUAAAAAUGGGUAUUUUUGCCAGUAGGAAGAUUUUGAAGGAUGAGGAGAUCACAUUUGAUUAUAACGUUGAUAGAUACGGCGCCACAGCUCAGAAAUGCUACUGUGGGGAACCUAACUGUAUAGGGUUUCUUGGUGGGAAAACCCAGACGGACGCGGCAUCCCUAUUGCCCCAAAGUUACGCGGACGCACUGGGAGUGAGCGUUUCUAUGGAAAAGAAAUGGAUUAAAGCGAAAAAGGCUAGUGGUGAAACAAUAACGAAGAGUGAUGAUGAAAACAUAAAUGUCGAGUUUGUAGAGUCCCUGGAGAUCACCGCUGUCGAGGACGAGUCGGAUGUAACAAAGAUCAUGAGUGUGCUCCUUCAAUUGGACAAUAAACUAAUAGCACUGAAGUUGUUCCAGAGGCUAUUUUCGAUAGAGAGUGAGAGCCUUUUAUACAAAGUGAUAAAACUUCACGGGUACAAAUGUUUCGCCAAUCUUUUGGAACUCUUCGGAGAGGAUGAAGAUGUUAUCAAAGACAUCUUGGUCUUUUUGGAUAAACUACCCAAGACGACGAAAAAUGGUGUCGUUGCAUCUCAUAUUAACGAGAAAGUGAGGGCUGUCAUGGAACUGUUCCCGAUGCUAGAAUCAGAGGGGUCCAGUUUGCUUUCCAAAUGGGACAGCUACGAAACUUACACGAGAAUCACGAAAAGAGAACUGAAUCAAACAUCGACCUCGAUCAAAUCAAUAGAUUUGAGACGGUUGAGACUACCGCCAGGCUGGGAGAUGAUACAAGAAAACGGUAGACCGAUGUAUUAUAAUGCUCAGGAACACAGAAAGUUGGCGGAACCGCCUAAGAUUACAAACACCCAAACGCGAUACGACACAUCAAAUGGCAGUCGGUACCAGAAUUACUCUCCCUCCAAUGGCCGUGGCCCGAUGAGUGACCACAGAGGCUCUGAAAUGUACAGAAACAAAAGGCCACUGACCCCUGACGUCGACUACGAAUCGAAAGCUCCGAAACUCAAUCAGGAUGAGGAGUUGGAGAGGAAAAAAGAGGAGGAAAGAAAGCGUCUUAAAGCCAAAUAUGAGGAAGAAAGUGCGAAAAGGGAUGAGUUGACCAAAAUCAUUGCUGAUGCCAAUAGACAAAAAGAGAUAGAACGAGAAGAGCAAUUGAAGUUGGAGAGGGAAAAGGAGGAACGGAAAUUGAAACGUAAGACAAUGUCGCAUUCCGCACAUAUUGAACGUAAGUGGAACAAUUUCUUUGCCCUCUUUGUCCCCAAUUUGGUGCGAAAAUACACAACGGAUGUGGCUUUAAACCACGACUACAUCAAACAGUGCUCAAGGGAUAUUACAAAGAUUUUGACCAACAAAGAGCUUCGAAAAGAUCCAAAGACUUUACCCCCCAGCGAACCUGAUAGAGACAAGAGAGCCAAAGUUAAGAAAUUUGUCAACCUGUACAUGGAGAAGCUUGUCAACAAGUACAAGCAGAAGAAGGAGAAAAAGAAUAUCAUGCCCCCAUCGUCAUCCUAG